AUGCCUUUUGUCUAAUAUAUAAGGCCAAUAUUUUGAUGCUUCUGUACCUGUUUAUUUGGAUAUCUAUUCAAAAGCAGAUCGCAGCAACAUGAAAGUUUUAGUACUUGUCGUGUGCAUUGGGAUGGUGGGACUGAUAGGAGCAGUGCCCUCAAAAUUCCAGCGUACAAGGCGAGCAGUCGCCGUCGCUGCCAACGACCAGUCUGCCACCGUGCUGCGGUCAGAAUCAGAAGUCAAGUCCGAUGGUUUCCAAUAUUUAUUCGAGACCGACAAUGGAAUUUCCGCGCAAGCUACUGGAUCCCUCAGGAAAGGAGCUGAAGGCGAGUCCUUGGUCAUACAAGGACAGUACCAGUACACGGCGCCCGACGGAACCCCCAUCCAAGUAAACUACGAGUCCGAUGAAUCCGGAUACCGUCCUAAUGGUGCUCAUAUCCCCACACCUCCGCCAAUCCCGGACGCUAUCAAACGCGCCCUGGAUUACAUCGCGGCCCACCCUCCCCCCGUUGAGAAGAGGCCUUAAGUACACGGAUCUGAUGACCUUAAAUUCAAUGAACCUGGCUACGGAACCACGAGUACAAAUUAUAAUUAGAGAGUAACACGAUGUUAUGGAAAUAAGAGCAAAUGUACAAUGUAAAUAAAAUCACAGUGCCAUA